CCGUUUCCCGCCCUGGGCAUCAUGAGCUACUUCCUAUCUUAUUGCAAAGCUCAUUGCGGCGCGUUGCUCACCGGCUACCAGGCCCUGCGCGCCGAGGGCUUCCUGUGUGAUGUGACGUUGGAGGCCGAGGGCAGCGAGUUCCCGGCGCACAGGUCGCUCCUGGCUUGCUCCAGCGACUACUUCAGGGCCCUGUUCAAAAGCCACAACCGGGAAUCCCGGGCGCGCGUGAUCCACCUGCACGUGCCGUCGGCGGCCGGCCUGCAGCGCCUGCUGGACUUCAUCUACACCGCCUGGCUGCCGCUCUCCAUGGACACUGUGGAGGACACGCUGGAGGCCGCCAGCUACCUGCAGGUCACCGAGGCCCUGGAGCUGUGCGGUCGCUACCUGGAAAGCCAGCUCGCCCCGGAGAACUGCUGCUUCGCCGCCAAUAUGGCGGCGCGCUUCGGCCUGACACACACGCUGGAUGCGGCGGAGCGCUGCAUCGUGCACCACUUGCGCGAGAUGUUGGCGCGGGGCGCGGACCCCGUGGGGCUGCUGGAACUCAACCCCGCGUCGCUGAGGGUUGUGUUGGGUGCCCCCGACAUGGCGUGUGUGCCCGAGGCCCAGCUGCUGGGCCUGACCCUGGCCUGGCUUCGGCGGGAGCCGGCGACUGAGCGCCUGGCACACUGCGCCAGGCUGCUCGAGCGCGUGCGCUUCGGCCUGGUGCCGGUCGACGUGCUGCGGCGCGUGUACUCCGGCUCCGGCCUCGCGCUGCCCGCCCUCAUCAAAGGCCUAAUCAUCCAGGCCCUCAACUACCAUACAGCGCCUUCCCGCCAGCCACUCGUGCAGGGCGAGCAGACCAGCGUCCGGAGCCCCCAAACCCGCAUCUUGUUGGUCGGGGGACGCAGGGCGCGGGAGGUGGUGACUGAGGAGGUCGCGGCCCCGCGGGUGGUAGCCAGGGUCAGGAUCGUCGCGGCUGAGCCAGAGGAGGAGGGCGAGGAGGAGGAGGAAGGAGAGGUGGAGGAGGAGGAAGGGGAGGUGAAAGAGGAGGAAUGGGUGCUGACUCAAGACGUGGUGGCCUUCGACGUUUACAACCACCGCUGGCAGAACCUCACGCGGCUGCCCGCCCCGCUGCUGGGGCAUAGCGUGUGCGUCGCGGGCAAUUUCCUGUUCGUCCUGGGCGGGGAGAGCCCUUUGAGCAGCGCCUCCUCUCCCGCGGCCGACGGCUCGCGGCCUGUCACGGCCCAAGUGCACCGUUAUGACCCGCGCUUCCACGCCUGGACGUCUGUGCCCCCCAUGCUGGAGGCGCGAGCCCAUUUUUGGUGCGGCGCGGUGGGCGAGGGGCUCCUGGCUGUCGGGGGCCUGGGCGCGGGCGGCGAAGCGCUCGCCUCGGUGGAGAUGUACGACCUACGCCGGGACCGCUGGGUGGUGGCCGGGGCGCUGCCGCGGGCGCUGCACGGCCACGCGGGGGCCGUCGGGGACCGCGGCGUAGUGUACAUCUCGGGGGGCAAGGCGGGGCGAGGCGAGGGCGGCGGGAGCAGCCUCCGGGACUUGUACGCCCUGGGGCCUGGGGAGCGGGAGUGGAGGAGAAAGGAGUCCAUGGGCACGGCCCGCUUCGGGCACCACAUGGCCGCGCUGCGCGGUGCGGUGUUCGUCUUUCUGGGGCUCUACGAGCCGUUUUCUGAAAUCGAGCGCUACGACCCGGGCGCAGACCAGUGGACUCGGCUGCGGCUGCUGCCCUACGACCGCUUCUGCUAUGGGCUGGCAGUGGUGGAGGAGACGGUGCUGCUCCUGGGCGGGCUGAAGUGGCGGGACUCGCGCCAGGUGCCUACCCGCAACGUGGUGGGUUACAACCUGGACCUGGACCGCUGGGAGGACAUCGACUGCGCGCUGCCCUGGGCCUGGAGCGGCCUGCAGUGUGCAGUGCUGCAGCUGCCCGAGGGUGGGGACGAGAGGGAGGGAGAACCUGGAAAGGCGCCAGAUUUAGUGAUGGGGAUAAUGGGUUAGUUCAUUCUCCUUCAGCCGAGGGAGGAGAAAGUCGAACUUGACCAGGCUUAUGGAGAAACAGAUGGGCUUUUCCUAAGAAUGGGAAUGUGGGAGCAGGGUGUCUUCUGAAGGUUAAGGAGGCAAACAAGGCCUUGGCCAAAGAGGAACAUUUCCCCUUGAGCAUGGAGACAGCAGGGGGGAAAUAGAAGGAUAUAUGAAUCAGCUUCAGUGAGCUGGCAAUUUCCAGAAAGACUUAUGCUGAGCUAGAGAUGGACUUUCCAAAAUAAAAUCUGAUCCUGUUUUCCCUCUUGUACUUAAAGUGUUUCCCAAGCUGCUAAACAGUGAUUAAUUUUGUGCCCCAUCCCCCAAAAAAGAGUAAAAUAUAUACCAAGUGACAUUAUAUACAAAACCCAGACAACUGUGGACUGUAAAGGCUGUAAUGAAUAACCUUAGAAGAUGGUAUUAUCUGAAUAAAUAGUGAAGGGAAAGUGCCCUUGUUAAACAGCAUGAAAUCAUUGCGAAGAGAACUUUGAUGCUAUGAUACAGAGCCAUGAUUAUAGUUCUGCUCUGAUGGUUUGAUAAAAACAUGGAACUGAGGGAAAAAAAGUCUCUCAUAAAGCACGGUGUGUGCCUGUGUGUGUGAAAAGCAUCCUACCUUGAGUUUUUUUUGUCCCCUACCCCUAAUCUGCCUUUGCCCUGGCUUUAGGGAGCUUGUUGGUUUUGAAUAAUAUUUAAGCAACCCUUAGCCAUGAUAAUCAAGCUCUUCAGGUUAAGUGGAACAUCUAAGAAAGACAAAACAAAAGUCUAUUUCUUUCAUCCUCUUUAAAUGUUCAUUCUACAGACAUACUGUAGUUUGUUAAAAAAAAAAAAUAUUAUUUUUGGUGGUUCUCCCUCCUCUCCCACUUCCCCAAAAGAAUCACAGAGAAAAGAGAGUAGAUGAAAUUUUAAAGUCUGUGUCAGGUAGAUGGGAAACCAGCUUGAUUUUUUUCAGGGUCUCAGAGAAGAUACUUGUAUACACUGAACAGGUGCUUCUUCUGGCUUCUACCACCUGUGGGGUGGCAAGGUUAGAACUUAUAACUGGGUAGGACAAUGGUUGUGUGAUUAGAUCUCAAGUAAAUGUGGUAAGGAGUUUGUAUGAAUAAAGUAGGUGCUUUAUAAGGAUUCAUUAAGAGCUGAAUUUAUUUGAUUUCAGUUUACAGUGCUGCCUCUCUCCUAGAUUUGAAACGAAUGCAAUAAAAUGUACAGAUAUAUAGUGUUAAAAGGUCUCUUUCAUGCUAGGCUAGCUACGAGUCUUAAAAUUCAUUAGUUUAAUUUUUACCAUUUAAAACA